AUGAGUCGUAUUAUUAUUAAGAAUCUCCCUGAACGUGCAGACGAAAAAAUUCUUAAACAACAAUUCGAAAAAUUUGGUGGAAUUACUGAUUGUAAAGUUAUGCGUACUCCUCAAGGAAAUUCACGUAAAUUUGGUUUUAUUGGUUUUGAAAAUGAAGAUCAAGCACAAACUGCAAUAACAAAAAUGAAUGGAGCUUAUAUUCAAUCUUCAAAAUUACAAGUUUCAUUGGCAAAAGCUAUCGGAGAUCAAACUAUCGAAAGACCUUGGUCAAAAUAUAGUGUUGGAUCAUCAUCAUUUUCUAACGACAAAAAAAGAAAAGUUAUUCCUACAAAACAUGAAACACAAACAAUUAAAAAGAAGAAGGAUUCUUCAAGUCUUGAUGAAUUAAAAAAAAUAGCAAAUGAAAGAAAACCUAAAUUAGAUAACGGUAAGAAAAAAAAAUUUGAUUCAGAAGAAGAUGAUCAAAAUAAUCAACAUAUGGAGGAAGAAGAAGAAAUAAUUAAUGAACAAGAACAUCAAAAAAGUAUGGAUGAAAUUGAUGUUAAAGAUUGGGAAGAAGGAAGGAUUUAUAUUACAAACCUUCCUUUUAAUUGUACAGAAGAUGAUAUUAGAAAAGAAUUUGAUCGAUUUGGUAAUAUAGCAGAAAUACAUCUUCCAAUUGAUAAAAUCACGAAAAAGUCAAAAGGAUUUGGUUUUGUUUUGUUUGUCGUUCCUCAAGAUGCAGUAAAAGCUUGUAAUGAAAUGGAUAAUAAAUUUAUCAAAGGAAGAAUUGUUCAUGUGACAUAUGCUAAAGCUGAUCCAUAUUCAAAUCAACAAGUUGGAGAAAGUAAAAAUUAUAAAGAAAAGAAACAAAAUGAAUUAAAGGCUAAAGCAGGAAACCAAUUUAAUUGGUCAACAUUAUAUAUGAGACAAGAUACUGCAGUAAGUGCUGUAGCAGAAGAAUUAGGAAUGAAAAAAGAAGAGAUUUUAGAUGUUAAUGCUGAGUCAAUGGCUGUUCGUGUUGCUUUAGCAGAAAACUAUGUUAUUAAUCAAACAAAAAAAUGGUUAGAAGAAAAUGGAGUUAAUUGUACUGUUUUAGAAAAUGGAAUGAAAGAAAAAUGUAGUAAUAAUAUUAUUAUUGUUAAGAAUAUUGCAGCAAGUGCUAUUGAGUUGGAAGUAAAAAGUUUAUUUGAAAAGUUUGGAACCUUAAAACAAUUUUUAAUGCCAAAAAGUAAGGCAUUGGCAUUAGUAGAAUUUGAAGUUGCAAAUGACGCUAAAACUGCAUUCAAAAGAUUGGUUUAUUCAAGGUAUAGAGGUAUUCCUUUAUAUCUCGAAUGGGCUCCAGAAAAAGUCUUUGACGAAGAGAAAGUUAAUAAAAAGAUGGAAGAAGAAAAACUUACACAAGAAAAACAAUCAAAAACAAUUCAAAAAGAAGAAGACACAAAGAAAAAAGAAGAAGAUAAAAAGAAACAAGAAGAAGAUAAAAUUACUACUAAAAGUAACCAAACAGAACUUGUGGAAGAAGGCAGCAAGACAUUGUAUGUUAAAAACAUUAGCUUUAAAACAAAAGAAGAUGUUAUUAGAAAAGUCUUUGAAAAAUGUGGAAGAGUUUUGGCAAUUACUUUGUCUAAAACAAAAGAUAAGAAGGUUGAGAAGAAUUCUGGGUUUGGUUUUGUUGAAUACGCUAAACAUGAAGAUGCUAUCAAUGCCAUUAAAACGUUACAAGGAAAAGUUAUUGAUGGACAUGCAGUUCAGAUCGAAAUAUCUCAACCUAAAGUCAAAGAUGAAGACCAUAAAGAAAGAAAAGAAAUUGAAGAACACAAAGUAUCAAAUAAGUUGUUAGUUAAAAAUGUACCAUUUGAAACAAAUAUUAAAGAAGUUAGAGAAUUAUUUAGAACAUAUGGUACUCUUCGUGGUGUGCGUCUUCCUAAGAAGGUUGAUGGACAAAAUAAAGGUUUUGCCUUUGUAGAAUACGCUACAAAACAAGAAGCUGCAAAUGCUAUGGCAGCCCUUAAAAAUAGUCAUUUCUAUGGUAGGCAUUUGAUCAUAGAAUAUGCCAAAGAUACUGAAUUAGACUAA